CAUAUACUGGAAAUAAAUAGCACAGCGUACGGCUGUGAUCUCAUCGAUUAUCCGAACCGGCUUUUAUUUUUUUAAAAUGGUUAGAAGAUUUCUCGAAGCUUUGAAUUACCCAAACUUUGAUAAAAUUAAUGUGGAAGAUGAAACGACGUUUAAAAAUAUCGUCGUGUGGCUGGAGACGACGAAAAUAAAUGCCGCCUCUCGAAACACGUUAUAUUUGCUAAAAAACAUCAAUGAUCGCGGCUGGGACAAGUCCUUUGACUUAUAUAAAAACGACGUGGGAUGUCCUGUUUUGGAAUCAAGGGUUGAAUAUCUACAGUGGUUAUUGGGAAAAGCUGUGCAAAUAGAAACCUCAAAAAACAAGGCUCUGUAUUUGAAGCAUUCAGUUAACACAAUCAAAAGCUCUAAUGUUCCAAAUAUGGUCGCCGAAAAUCCAUUGGAUAAGCUAGAUUUUGGAGGCAAAGAGUUUACUUUAAGAAUAAACCAGCUUGCAAAAUCCUUGAAAAUAGUACCAUAUCCUGAUCCUUUAGUCACUUUAAAGGCUGUCAGAAAAGUAAUUACAACUAGGCUGGCUCCAGAUUGUGUGGAAAAUCCACAGAAUUAUAUUCUGACUGGCACUCCUUUUCCUUAUGAGGAUGCAGAUUUGGGAUUUGAUCUGAAUGAUCCAGUACUAAAUAAAGCUGCGAAAAUAUUGAGAAUGUUGUACAUUCACGACCUGCGAGAUUUGCAGACAAAGGCAAAUGAAAUGGUGGUGGCUAUCCAGAAUAUAACUGCAAAUCCAAAAACUGAUACAAAAUUAGGAAAAGUUGGCAGAUAAAUUU